AUGCCCAUCGGUCAGAAGAAACCAAAGCGCCAGUUCAAGCCGAAGAAAAAAGAGGCUCAAGUCGAAGCUAAGACUGAGCCAGAGCCGGAAUUCAUCGAACCUGCUACCGCUAGUAGAAAGCAAAAGAAAGGCCCUCCAGAGAAGAAACAACGAGUUUUUAAACAAAGAGAAAUUAUACAGACAAAGUCUGUUUUUACCUCUGAUGGAGUAGAAAGAAGAGGUUAUGGUGGAAAAACAGGAAGUGGGUUUGGAGGAGGAGGUGGCGGCAGCGGUGGAGGAGGUGGUGGCGUAAGAAGAUUCAUUGGAGAAGACUUUCAAGCGCGAGCACCAAUUGUUAAUAAAGAAUAUAAAGUUUGGACGAAAGAGGAGAUCAAGGAGGAACAAGAACAGGCCGAAAAGGCGCUGAAAAAGCUGAUGCUGGAAGAUAAAAUGAUACAAUAUGAUCGGAAGCUGUUCUCCGAGAAGGAUUUUAUGCCAGUUCAAGUUGGAUAUCCAUUGAAAGAUAUAAGUAAAAUACGCAGAGAAGAGUCGAAUGAAUCGGAAGCCGUCGAUGAUGACUUUUUACGGGCGCUCAAAAAUGGGGAUUCAGGCGAUCAAAUCUUUCUUUUUCAAAUGAGUGAUCUUCCGAUUGUUCCUAAAUCAGCAGGAGACGCUGAUGAUUACGACCCAAAUGAAGAGCUGCAUCUUGGCGAUCUGAGUGUACAGGAGAUCUUUGAUGAUUUUGGCAAGGUCAGUCUGAAUGUGGGAGAUAUGAAAAUGAAGGUUGUCCCUGGAUCCGAUCCGCGUUGCUUUACGGAAUUGUCGAGAAUGACGGCGAGCAGCUAUCAAGUCGUUGGAGAGGUCUCAAAGAAAUAUACAAUCACACCUGAUUUUGAGCAUCUACUUGGCAGGAUGAGCAAGAGCGAGUCAGCGUUUGACGAAGAGGAAAACGAUCACGAUCAAAUAAUGGCAGAUACAGACAGAGCAUCACAAGAAUCAGAAGGACCGCCGCCGCUGAUCAGAAUUAAAAGCGAACCUCAGUUUUAA